AUCUCUCCCUCCAUCGCUCUCUCUCGGCGUGACUUGACCCCGUCUGGAGGAGGUCCCUCACCCCUGACUGUGGCUCUGCCCCGGGGGCGGAUCAGCGGAGCAGGUGCUGCUGAGUCUCUAGCGCCGCCUUCACUCGCUCCACUGCGGCUCGCUCAGCGCUCUCGACCGCCGCGCUGCCGCCGGAGCACCGCCAUGGAUUUACUCCAGCUCUAAACGCGUGGGAAAUACGCUUUUCUCCAGUUUCGAGGUAUGAGCCAUGAGCCUCAGUCUCCCUCAGCAGGCAUGAUUUCGGCAGCACCAUGUAGCAUGGCGACUGUGAGCCCCCUCACUCCCUCGCCCGUCAGCGGGAGCCCCUCGGCCCAGUCCAGUCACUCGGGGUUCGCCGCUGCUCUCCGCAAGCUGGCCAAACAGGCCGAGGAGCCACGAGGCUCCAUUAGUAGCGAGUCAUCACAUGUUUCCUCUCCGGUGACCAAUCACAUUUCUCCUGUCAGUACACCUAAACGGGUUGCCAUGGGUACGAGCCUGGGCCCGCCCACUUGCACGCCUCCUGUGGUCACCAUCGCCCCGACUAAAACCGUCAAUGGCUUCUGGAGGUCUGAGGGGCGCCAGGCUGAUGCAGGAUUAAGAGGCUCCAGUCAGGAGCGUUUGGCCCCCGACCGCUCUUUGCCGGGCCAGGAGAAGCCGUCUCUGUCUCUCCCGCCGUACCUGGGCUCAGCCCACCCCUUCAGCGUGACCCCGAGCGCUCUGCUGCAGGACCCGCGUCUGCAGACCCACUUGCCCCGGCAGGUUCCUCAUAUGCUGCUCUCAGGAGGUCAGGACGAGUUUGUUCGCGACGGCUUCCGGCCGUACGCCUCCGCUGACGAGCUGCGCGUGCCUUUAGGGCUCCCUCUAGGGCUCAGCCCAGGAACCGCAGCCGACGCUCUGGCGUACUUUCACUCAGGAUAUUUGCCUCACCCCUCGCUCGCUUCAUACAGGAUGGAAGACUAUUACAGUCUGUCCGGCCUGCGCUCGCAUUACUACCCGCUUCCAGAGGGAGGACCCCUGCAGGCCCUCCACCCGUCUGCUGUGCACCUGCCCCUGCCUGGAGUCUUCUACCCUCCUGAGAUCACACACCAGUCACUGUCAGCGCUGCACUCUGAGAGGCUGCAGAUGGAAGAGGAGCUUCGCCAGCAGGAGCGAGAGAAGGAGCGAACGCGUGAAAUCGAACGAGAGCGGCAGUGGGAACAGGAGGUGCAGAGAGAGAAAGACAGAGAGCGAGAGAAGCUACGAGAGCUGGAGAUUAAAAAAGAGCGAGGCAGAGACUUCCCGGCGGUCAAGGCCGUGGAGAAACGCCACCUGAGUCUGGAGCCGCCGGCCAACACGCACUCCAUCUCCCAGCCUCAUCCGUACACACAGAGAGGCAAGCUGGAGGAGAGACUCGCUGCUAACAGAGCCGACAAAACCAAAGAAGCGCUGCUGUUCACGCCUCAGUCCGGUCCGUACUCAUCCUCGGGAGGUCCUUCGUCUUCAGGCGUGCCGUUCGGGAAGAGCCACCGGCCCGUGGUGACCCCCGUGAUGCUCCAGCGGCCGGAGGAGGACAGGUGGCUGGGCAGACAGAGAGCGCUGAAGCUGGAGAGGACCGACAGACAGCAGGAGCCGGCAGAUCAGAGAGAGACGCACAGGUUCGGGGCUGGUGUCAGAGACGUACCUGCGCCUCUGGGAGCUCCGCCUCCCCUCAUCACCCCCAAAGCUCCUCCUCGUGAGCCACACCCCUCUCCUCCCGCACACGGCAGCCUCUGGAACCCCGUGUCCCUCCUGCGCUCGCCCCCAGACCGGCCCCUGCCCCACGUACACCCUCAGAGCCGGGCGAGGCCCCCAGAGGAGGAGGCCAGGCGGGGCCCGCAGAGGCCCGUCUCCUCCAGGACACCCCAGGGGCCCGCUCCGGACAGGACAGACCCCCUGAUGGUGUACGACCAGGCCCUCCAGCAGCACAGGAGACUCAUCAGCAAACUGGACCUGGAGGAGAAGAGACGCAGGGAAGCCCGAGAGAAAGGUUAUUACUAUGAAUUAGACGACUCUUAUGAUGAGAGCGAUGAGGAGGAGGUUCGAGCUCAUCUGAGGAGAGUCUCUCAGCAGCCUCCUCUCAAACUGGACGUGUCUGGAGAGAAGACGGAGUUUCUGUGCGUGUUUGGACUGACCACGCUCUCGAAGCGCGACGAGCUGCUGGAGGUGAAGAGGAGGAAGAGGAGGAUGAUGCUGCAGGAGCGAGUCCCUUCACCCGCGCCGGUGCCCAGUAAACGCAAGACCCCGUCUCCUCCUCAGCCUCCGCUCAGCACACGCUUCACCCCGGAGGAGAUGGACCGCUCCGACGAGCUGGACCACAAGAAACACUUCCUCAGCAUCUUCAGCCUCAGCCACGUCAGUCAGGAAGAGAGACGGAAGAAUAAGAAGAUUGUGGACUUGCUGGAAGCCAUCAAACAAAAGACUGUUACGCUGAACACCCUCAGAUACGCCACAGAUUCUCCCUGCUCCGGCCCGGACGCUUCAGUGUCUGAUGUCAACCAGUCAGGCGGUAAUGUUCACCUCGAACCCCAAAAUGGCCCGCCUGAAAACCCUCGCGCCCCUCUAGAGCCGCCGCCACUGGCUCCCCUCCACCCUCAAGGCCCGCCCAGCCUGACGUCCCCGAGCAGGAGAGCCCCGGGCCUGCAGCCGCCCCCGAAACGCCCCGUCUGGGAGCCAGUCAGCUCGGAGCAGUUCGCUCAGCACUUCCACCAGUCCGUGCUGCAGUCCACGCAGAAACACAAAGCGGGUGAGCAGUUGGAGCCUCCUGCGCUUCCCCCUCCAGGCCUCCAGAGGGCGGCGAACAGGGUCCCGAACGGACAAAGCAACGGCCACUCCUGCCACAUAUCAGCCCAGCGAGAGUCUCCGGGCGCCAGGAACGACCUCUCGGCCGAGGAGGGCGCCAGCUCGGAAGAAGACGAGGAGGACGAAGAGUCGCUCGGGCCCAGGUGGAAGGGGAUUGAAACGAUAUUUGAGGCGUAUGAGGAGUACAUGGAGGAGAGAAGCAUCGAGCAGCAGGUUCUCCAGAGCGAGUGCAGACGUCUGGAGACGCAGCAUUACAAUCUCACUCUCACGGCCGAACAGCUUUCUCACAGCAUGAGGGACCUACUGGCACAGAAGCACAACCUGGCCCUGAAGAGGGAUCGCAUGCAGGCCGAGCUGGAGCACAUCAAGAAAUGUUUGACACUGCCAUUAUUCCACUGGCACCGAGGAUACUACAAGAGACCCUCGCCGAGGUGACCCGAAGACGGACGACCGCCCGAGCCGCAGAUGUAUGUGCGAGCAUGAUGAAGACGCACAAGCUCGCUGUGACUCGGGAAACCAGAAAACCAUCCAAAUAUCCAUUACUUGACGUACGGAACAAGUCUGACAGGACGUUUGCCAAGAGGUGCGCUGGAUAUGCACUUAACGCUGACCUGGCGUGUGUUUGGCGCGCUCUUCUCAAGCGUUUUCAUAUUUAUACAGUUUUUAAAAGAGUACGAUUGUGUAAAAUACUGUCGAAUCGCAUUUUUGUAUGUUUUUAUUCUCUACGGAUAAAUUGUAAAAAAGGACUGCGGUUCGAAAUAUAAAUAUUUUAGUGCUUUUCGCGGGGAUUAAAAACAAGGUGACUGCUGGUCAGAAACGUCGGCGAAGGGGAAAAAAAAAAGAAGAGUUUUCAUUUCAAAAAUCAGUUCGGAGGCUGUUCUUCGCAGUCGUCAGAAAGUCCUGUUUGUCUGGGACAGUGUUUCUAUGUUGUGUUGUUCUCUCUCCGUCUCUCACCAAACCAAAAUAUCAAUGCCAUAUAUAUAUAUAUAUAUAUAUAUUAUCCAUUAGCACAUGGCUGUUUGAUGAAUAGAGGCUAAAAUAAACCGAUCCAGCUCGGGAAUCGCUUUAUAAUAACUUUCAUUAACGACAAAUGGCACAUAAUACCCAACAGACUAGUAGUUCUUGUAUUUGGAUAAUCAGAAAAAUCUACAUUAUGUAUUAAAUAACGACAAUUCUGAAAUAACAAUAGAAUAAGCGACUUGAAGUUGAUUACGAAAUGCCACUGAGGGCCUUAUAAAUGGAUAUUCUGUUCAACCUGCUUAUUUAAUGCUGUCUGUUACGGAUCUUUUUUAUAGUCAUGAAAGUAAUUAUAAAGGGUUAACCGGAUCUUUACGCGUGACCCGGCCAACAUCGUUUAGUUUUCAGCCUAGCUGCCAUGAGAAAAGUUAUUUUAUAUAGGGAUUAGUGCCACAAUGAAAAAAAAAAAAACUAAACUAAACAAAACUAAAACACUGCUAUUGCUCUGUUAUUAGUUAUAAUUUCAUACUUUGAAGAAAUGUCCAAUGCCACAAGCUGAGAAGUGUCUGUCUCAAGAUGUCUAUUUUUAUUUUAUUUUUUUUAAAUAACUGCGUUUUGUUUAAAACACGAAUGGCUUCUGAUAAAUCUGUUUGGAAGAAACGGAACGGUCACGCUGUGGGGGGGGGAAAGAAAUCGGUAAAACGUUUUAGAUUCGUCAUUUUUAGUGGAAUAAGAAAUGUGAGUUAAUAUAUUAUUUCUUGAAGGUAGAAAUACUUAUUUAUGGAUAUAUCUGUGUAUAUGCUGAUAAAAGAAUAAUGUUUGAGGAAAAAAAAAACAUUUCUUGCCAUAUUUUGUCUACAAAAACUCAAGUAACGGACAUGAUUCUUUCUCGUGAGUAACAUGCUCUUCGGUUGUUUCUGUAUGAUUUACAAUGCAGCAAAAUAAACAACUUGACAUUUAAA